AUGGUUACUUCUUUUGGCGUCGAACCACAGGGAGAUUUCGGCACUUGCUUCUUGGGCUUCUGGAUACCUUGUGUACUCUUCGGGAAGACCCAUUGGCGACUCAAGCGGGUCAGUCGUGGACAAGACGCCUCAGAUGCUGCUUGGAACCCGAGUUAUGGCUUCAAUAGGCUUUGUUUGGCAUGUGGAGUAGCCGCCUUGGCUCCGCCGCUCGGCUGCAUUCUAACUGGUAUUCAACGCUCCGAGAUCCGUGGUACCUAUGGCAUCAAUGGGAACUGUGCAUCUGAUGUCGUACUGGGCAUAUUUUGUACUGUGUGCACCCAAAUCCAGAAUGAUCGCGAGGUUCGAGCCCGAGAAGGAGAUACAAGAAUGAGAUACAAUGGGAAAUUUUUGAAACAGGACCUUGUUAAGGUGGAACCCAGACCAUCCGCACCAAUGGAGUAUUUACCAGGUCGCUGGGAGCCUCCUUUCUGUGAGCCGCAGCCUCCAGCCCAACCCACAGGGCAUACUCUUGUUCACACGGAAAAGCCUGCCAAGCUGCAGAAGCAUGAACACCGCGAAGAGUCGAGUCCCGACCGUCUUCAAAAUGAGAUAGACGAGAAACAGUGUCCACCACUUGGUCAACUGGAGCCAAGGCCAGAAUCGGAUAGUUACCACAUGCAGACUACACCAACAAUCGUUGUCACUGAGCAUCAGGAUCCCAAGCCCCAGGCCGAGAUUUUGGGCAAAAUUUCUAGCAGCGAGGAGCCAUCGUCCCAGCAGCAGACUUCUCCGUCAUCCAAGGGACACUCGGUUGUCACUCCAAAUCACACGCUUUCAGAAUUUGUCACUGGCGAGGAUUCCAUGCAGACGAAGGCUACCUCAUCUGGCCCUGCUCAAGAUCGGAUCGCAGAAGGCGAGACCGUCCGCCCCAAGUACCCAUUAGCCCAGAUGGUCAAUCAACAUCGUCUAUCCGAAUGUGAGGCCAUUCCAGUGUCGAAGUAUCUGCACGAUUUCCCCGAUCAUCCCGUGGAUAAAGCUGUUAUUGAAAAAUCUGAGAAAGAGAGCAAGCAAUCCCAUGAUCACGAGCUUGAAGAAUGCAUUCAAAGUCUUCCAUCCGAACUUUUCCAGGCGAAGACCGCUCGUACUGUCCAGCAUACUUUGGCUGACUGCUCCGAUGAUGAGACGACGCUCAUAUCGCCUGCCGCAUCUAUCGAUACUUUCCAACACGCUUUGGCGGAUCGCUCCAAUGAUGAAGUGACACCAAGUGCCUCGCCUAUUAGUUAUCGUAGUGUCAGCAACAAUCUCGAAAGCACCAGAAAAAAACUACGUGGUUCGGGAGAGCACCGUCUAGUCUCUUGCCCGACGCCGCCUGUGCUGUCUCAUCAAAAGGUAGAGACUGCUCGUAUCAACGCCAGUAAUGACAGAGAAGCAACCCAACGACCGUCCAAGAAGCUUGAUCACAGCAAGAGUCAAGAACAGCUCCGUGCCAAUCAAGCUGGCGCCACGGACGUUGUCAGCAGCGCAAGCAGCGGCACGAAUUCUCAAACGAGUACCGAAGAUGCUCCCCAAGCUGACGGUGGCACGGCGAUCCGGAGACACAAGAGACGUCACAAGCCUAGCCGAAGGCCGAAGGCCAAAUUCCCUCUCAGCGCUACUGACGGGAAUCAACACGGCCCAUCAGAAUCUGCUCAAAACUCGCUCGAGAAGGUCCUCGCAGCUAACGGUGGCAAAAGAGAGAAGCCUCAGAGAGGUAGUAAACAGGCGAGCAACAAUAGUCAGGAUAACGUGGACGAAGAAACCAACUCGGCUGCUGCGACUAUGGGCGAGACUUCUGGUCAGAAUUACAAUGCUCUUCGCAGUGAAGAGGAGCCUAGAAGUCCUGGUGCUUCCCCAGGCAGUGUCACCGGGUUCUGGGGCAAGAUAACAGGAGGCUCAGGAAAGGCCAAGGGGCAAUGGUUGAUGGCCGAAGGGGUGGAUAAUGGGUACCAAGUGGCCCCAGACCAUGAUACAGAAUGUGUUGUUAUGGGUGAUGUAAUCGAGUGGCUGCCACUUGUAGCCAGUCCCUCUUUCAAAAUGGAAAUCAUCAAGUCAGGAUCAGAAUCAAGACUUGCACUCGAAGAAUGUGAAGAUGAAGAAAUUUUUUCAUUCAAAGGACCGCAAGUAUUUCUCAAUCGUACCACGAACGCCGUAUCUCGGUUUGUUUUGACCACCGAAGAUAUAUCAGAUCCGUCCCACCCUUUCCCAUGCAUCCUUGCCUCUAAAAGUAUUACUCCGUGGUCCCGCAAGCCAGCAUUUCAUUUGAGGAUCAAAAACAAAGUUGAUUGA